UUUUUAAUGAUAGACAUUAGACUUUAGACGUCUGUUUUUUUCCUACUCCGACCGUGGGUAAACUGCACUGGAACAAGUGGGUGUCUGUGCGAGUCGCGAGAUAAUAAUUUUCGAUUAUUUAUGUGUUCCGGUAGGAUUUUUCGUUUUGUAACGUUUGACGAUCGGUUUGUGAAAUCAUUACAGUGUGUGUGUGUGUCAAACUAUACACGUUUAACCCAGUGAGCGUCCGGAGAGACCAAAAUACUACCUACGCCCGACAUUAUGGCUGAAGGUCAAGAUUCUAUAAAUGUUGGUAAGCCAGUACCAAUAGUUUUGGCUGAAGAAGAUCAUCAGUUCAUACUUGAUGAAGAAGCUCUGGAAAGUAUUCUUUUGAAGGAUGACAUUAAAGAUCGAAAUGUUGUUGUGGUAUCUGUUGCUGGAUCUUACCGAAAAGGAAAAUCAUUUUUAAUGGAUUUUUUCCUCAGAUACAUGAAAGCUACAUAUCAUUUAAACCUAAUAAAAGAAGACGCUCAUUGGAUUGGUUCAGAUGAUAAGCCAUUGGAUGGAUUUACCUGGCGUGGUGGAUCUGAUAGAGAUACUACAGGUAUUCUUAUGUGGUCUGAAGUAUUUAAAGCCACCUUAGAAGAUGGGGAAAAAGUAGCCAUCAUACUACUAGAUACUCAAGGUACAUUUGAUAGUGAAAGUACAGUCAAAGAUUGUGCCACAGUUUUUGCAUUAAGCACUUUGCUUAGCUCAAUCCAAAUAUAUAAUCUAAAAUUUAAUAUACAAGAAGAUGAUUUACAACAUCUACAACUUUUCACUGAAUAUGGCCGUUUAGCACUAGAAGAUACUGGUACAAAACCAUUCCAAAAAUUACAGUUCUUGGUUAGGGACUGGAGCUUUCCAUAUGAAGCUGAAUAUGGUGCAGAAGGUGGGCAAAAAAUAUUAGAUAAAAGACUUCAAAUAUCUGACAAACAACACCCAGAACUUCAGUCCCUUAGAAAACAUAUUAAAUCUUGUUUUUCUGAAAUCAGUUGUUAUUUAAUGCCUCACCCUGGUCUGAAUGUUGCUACAAAUCCCAACUUUGAUGGUAAACUUUCAGAUAUUGAACCAGACUUUAAACAAAAUCUAUUAACUUUGAUACCAAUGUUGUUGAAGCCAAAUAAAUUAAUUUUGAAAGAGAUUGGUGGACAAAAAAUAAAAGCAAAAGAGUUAGUCCAGUAUUUCAAAGCAUAUAUUAAAUUGUUUACCGGAGCUGAACUACCAGAACCAAAAUCUAUGCUUGUUACAACUGCUGAAGCAAAUAAUUUAUCUGCUGUUGCAUCUGCUCGAGAAGUGUACCGCCAGAUGAUGGAUACUAUUUGUGGUGGUAACAGACCAUAUUUGAAUACCAACACACUAGAUGAGGAACAUAUGAAGAGCAAAGACAUGGCUAUGGAGCAAUUUGUUGUUAAGAGAAAAAUGGGGGGUGAUGAAUUUUCAGAAUCUUACAAAUUUAAAUUAGAGGCUGAUAUCGAUGAAGAUUUCUUAAAAUUUAAAUCGCAAAAUGAAAGCAAAAAUGUAUUCAAAUCCGCACGUACACCUGCAGUAUUCUUUGCAGUUGCAGUUGCUUGUUAUUUCAUAUCUGGAUUAUUUAACUUCUUUGGAAUGUACACAGUAGCCAGUGGUGUUAACUUAAUUAUGGGUCUUGCUCUUCUCAUUCUUAUAAUGUGGGCAUAUAUAAGGUACAGUGGAGUACAUAGUGAACUAGGCUCAACUAUUGAUGAUGCAGCUAACAUUACGUGGGACAAUCUGUUAAAGCCAAGCUAUGAAAUUUUCCUUCAAAAAGGUUUAGAACAGGCCACUAACCAAGCAAUCAACAUAGCUGUGAAAAACACAACAUCUCCUAUUACGGGUGUUCAGUCACCGUUUGGAAAAAAACCAAUGCAUAGAAUGAAUUCUCAUGUUGAGAUGAACGACAGGUUUAGACAGUCAUGAUAUAAUAUUGCCUCAUGACGUUAGGUCGUCUCAUAAAUGGCACACAUAUGUUAACUUUCUGUGAUUAUAUAUAUUUUUUUUUUAUUUAUAUAUAUAUAAUGUUAUACCUAUCUACUUGUAUGUGAAAUUCAUUGUUUAUUACCAUUUUUAAAUGUUAAUGUGUAUUGAUGGUUAAUACUAUUUGUUGUGUUGAAUUCAUAAUAUUCCUUCAUUAGUUUUUUUAAGAAAACAAUACAUUUUGUUUCAAAGAAAUUUCUACCAUAGAUCUAACAAUACAAAAAUGAGUAAAAAUUUUUAUUGAAUAAAACCUAGUUUUAAUAUUAUUAUAUCAAAAUAUUUUUCUUCAUUUAAUAUGCAUAAUCAUUUCAACAACUAUUUUAAUAUAAUUUGAUUUUAUUUAUUUUUUUAUUAGAAAGACCCAUCUUAGUCUUCCAAAUAUAUUUCAAUUAUACUUUUUCUUAAAUAAAUUGCUCAAAUCAUGGGGACUAGAACCCAGUCAUAAUAUUUUCUUUAUACAACAGCUUUAUUCAUUUGGUUUUAAUACUUUAAUUAACAUAUAAUAAUAUUACUGUUAAAUAACUAAAUACUUAAUACUGUUAGGACCAUUAAGUCUUAAUCGCCCAUAAAUGUAUUCGCAAUAAUAAUAACUGAUGUUUAAAUUAUUUUAUUUACAUUAGUUGUUAUAUUUCUAUUCAUAAUUUAUCUUAACUAUGGAUUAUAUUUUUGUUUUAUGUAAAAACAUUCAACACAACGGUUUAUUGGUAAAAAUUAUAAUAUAUUAAUUACAUUGCUAAAUAAAUAAUUGAUGUAAACCAAUAACCAUUUUACAGUGGGUUUAAUAUUAAAAUGUAUGUACAUAAAUAUUACUAUUUUAAGUGCCAUGGAUGUUAAUUAAUUACGGGACUGUUGUUUUUUCUGGAUUUAUACUAUAGUAAAAAUGAUAAUAAUAAAAACAAGGGUUAUAUUAUUUAUUUUUGUAAUAUUCAUAAUCGUCUUUGAACGAAUGGUAUUUUAUGUAAAAAAUAGAGCAAUCAAAAUUAAGUUAUUUAUUCCAGUACAAUGUGAAUUCACAACUUUAAUUUUUUGCAAGUUUAACUUUAAUGUUAAAGAUACUAGAUGUUUUGUAUUUAGUAUAUUACAUUUAUAGUAUGGCACUGAUUGUCAGUGUUUUGGGUGUAUAGGUUGUUGUGUUCAUAAUUUUAUGAUUAAAUGUAUGUUCUAUAUUUUUAAUGAA